AUGUCGUCCGACCCGGUGGGCGCUGCCAUCGCGCUUGCUGGGGUUCCAGACGAGCCGGCUUCCCUUCACUCCCAUACACUGCGGCCGUCAAUAUAUCUGGACUCUUCAAAAGGAUCAAGGCCAAAAGCGAGCUCCGACAGCAUACCUCUGCCGGAAGAGGACGAGGACGAGGACGACUUUGUAGUUUUCGAGGACAGGAGCACAUUACCAGCACCAAAGCUUGCUGAAGCGGAAUUAGAUGAUCUGGAAGAAACAACAGAUGCAAAGAAUGCCAACAGGAGCACGUUGAGUUCUAUUGCAAGAGCAAGUGUCGAGAGCUUGUCAUUCGGGUAUCGCGAUCAUCUCCUGCCUCUCAGCUUGAGUGGAGACGGCGACGAGACCUUCGCUGGAGAUUAUGGCGACAGAGAGGGUUCUGUUUCAGCAACAAGGGCUUCGGCUUCUGCAGCAAGAAGUGGUACAAGGCGUCAUGCAAGGGGAUACUCUCAAGACCGGCUAGCAGAACGCCGAGUAACGCUGAUAGACGGGAUUGCGCUCACCAUCGGCGUGCAGAUCGGAUCCGGUAUUUUCUCCUCUCCCGGUGUGGUCACUCUGAAUACAGGCAGCAUCGGCGCAUCCAUAGUGAUUUGGCUGCUAUCUGGCCUGCUAGCGUGGACAGGCGCCUCAUCUUUCGCUGAGCUCGGCGCAUCUAUUCCGCUCAACGGUGGAUCCCAAGCCUAUCUCAACUACUCAUUUGGUCCGCUAUCAGCAUUCCUCUACACAUGGUCUGCCCUGACAGCGCUCAAGCCUGGAGCAGGAGCCAUCAUCGCAACCAUCUUUGGCGAGUAUGUCGCUCGCAUUCUUUUCCAUGCGACGGGCAAAGCGACGGAUCACCCACACGAAACAGGGCUCGAUGGCAUUCCAGGAUGGUCAAUCAAACUACUAGCUGUAGCGAUUGCAGCGUUGAUCGCAGCAGCGCACGCUUUCUCGAACAAGCUUGGAACACGGACGCAGAUCGCAACGACGGUCGUCAAGCUCUUAGCUCUGACAGCAGUGCCUAUCUUGGCGAUCGUACAGGCAGCAAGAGGCAAAACAAGUCCUAGCUCGCAAAAAGCAUUCUCAAAUUUGGGCAAUCUGUUUGAGGGCAGCUCAACUUCGCCUUCUUCGUACGCCCUUGCUCUGUACAGUGGUCUGUGGGCGUUCGACGGCUGGGACCAGUCCUGUUUUGUAGCUGGAGAGAUGAAGCAGGUGGAGAAAGACCUUCCGCGAGUCAUUCACAUCAGUCUCGCGACGGUGAUCCUGAUCUUUCUCUCUGCAGUGGUGUCCUACUUUGUAGUAUUGCCGGCAGAGUUGGUGAAGAGGACAAAUACGGUAGCGCUCGACUUUGGCAGUGCGAUCUUUGGCGCGGUCGGUGGCAUUGUGUUUGCCUUUUUCGUCGCAUUCUCUUGCUUCGGAGCGCUCAAUGGUCAGAUCUACACAACAGCAAGACUCAUCAUGGCUGCUUCGAAAGAAGGCUAUCUACCCGAACGCCUUGGCGCAGUCAACAGAAGGACGGGUACACCUAUUGCAGCAUUGGUGUUGCAAUUGGUUCUCAUUUCAGCCUUCGUAUUGUUCGGAUCAGGCUUUGCAUCGUUGGUCAACUUUUACGGAGUCUGCAGUUGGACUUUCUACUUCGCCUCCGUCCUAGGGUUAUUGGUCUUGAGGAUCAAGGAGCCGCACCUGAAUCGGCCAUAUAAGACCAUGUUGGCGACUCCGAUUCUUUUUGCUGCUGUUGCACUGUUCUUGCUGCUGAUGCCGAUUGGUAGUGCGCCGCUGGAAGGGUUGGCUGCGUUGCUGUUCAUCGCAGCUGGUGUACCGGUGUACUACCUGACGCAGAGCAAGGCUGGGUGGGUGUCCAACAUUCCGUUCCUCGCUAGGAUCAAGGGUCUCUUUGCGAACGGUGGAGCAGGAGCAAGUAUCGAUGAUGGAAGGGGCCAUCAUGUGCCUUUGCAGACAUCGGAUCGAGCGGAACCUGAAGAUGAAGACGAAGAGGCAAUGGAGAUGCUUCCUAAGGAUUCAGAAUCAAAAGGAAAGGAAAGGGCAUAG